AUGGAAGGUUUGAUGUAUCGUAAUCUUAAAAAUUUUACUAAGUCCAAAAAAGUUAAUAUUGAUAUGACACUUCAUGUACCCAAUAUAAUGUUUUGCAAAGGUCUCGGUCUCAAAGUAUAUAUGGAUUGGGCCGCUGUACACUAUAAAAAAGUAACAUAA